AUGGCCUUAAAGCAUGCGGCCGAGAACUUCUCUAAGUCGCUUAAGGAGGAAGUGCGAAGAUGGGGAUCGAUGAAGCCGACGGGGGUGAGCCUCAAGUACAUGAUGGAAUUCGGUUCGAGGCCCAAAGAUAAGAAGCUCUUGAUUUCGGCGCAGUUUCUGCUCAAGGAGCUGUCUAUAAGGAUCGCUAGGAGGGCGAUGGAGCUCGAGAACUUGCCGUACGGUUUGUCACUGAAACCCGCGGUUCUAAAGGUCCGAAAUUGGUAUCUGGAUUCUUUUCGUGACCUUCGAUCAUGUCCAGAAAUUAAGGAUAGAGAUAAUGAAUUGGCGUUCACACAAAUGAUCAAAAUGAUCAAGGUGCGACAUAACAAUGUGGUACCAGCUAUGGCUUUGGGCGUACAACAGCUAAAAAAAGAUUUGGAUCCCAAUUUUGUUCCCGAAGAUCUACAGGAAAUACAUCAGUUUCUCGAUCGUUUUUACUUGUCAAGGAUUGGUAUUCGUAUGCUUAUAGGGCAGCAUGUGGCCUUGCAUGAUCCUGAUCCUGAGCCAGGGUGUAUUGGUCAAAUAAAUACUAGAUUAUCACCGAUGCAAGUUGCCAGAAUUGCUAGUGAGGAUGCUCGCUGUAUAUGUUUUCGGGAGUAUGGAAAUGCGCCUGAGCUUAACAUUUAUGGAGAUCCAAACUUCACCUUUCCGUAUGUUCCUUCACAUUUGCAUCUUAUGAUAUUUGAGUUGGUUAAGAACUCAUUGCGUGCGGUUCAAGAACGUUUCAUGUCUUCUGAUAAAGAUGUACCUCCUAUUCGAAUAAUAGUUGCUGACGGUAUCGAGGAUGUGACUAUAAAGAUUUCAGAUGAAGGAGGUGGUAUUCCACGAAGUGGACUUCCAAAGAUAUUCACAUAUCUGUAUAGCACUGCAAAAAAUCCACUAGAUGAAAACCAGGAAGGAUUGAGCGAAGCAGUAAUCAUGGCUGGAUAUGGCUACGGGCUUCCUAUCAGUCGUCUCUAUGCUCGAUAUUUUGGUGGUGACCUGCAAAUUAUCUCUAUGGAAGGCUAUGGAACUGAUGCUUACCUCCAUUUGUCUCGCCUUGGGGAUUCACAAGAACCACUUCCAUAAAAGCUUAAGAAAUCCAGCCCACUUCGUUGUGCUAAUGGAAAGCUUCUAAGUUGCAGCUUCUAGCUUGCUACUUUUAGAAGCUGCAAAUGCGAACUUAUAUGCUAUUCACCAGGAAUGUCAUCAGAGAUGGAGAAAAUAGGGCCACUUCAGUUCUUUCUUCUUAUUGUACCCAAAGUUGUUUGAACUGGAAGAAGAAUGGUUUCUGUAUAUAGAAGCUUCUUGUGGGUUUAAGGAAAAGAUUCCUGAUAUUUUUUCAAUUAAACAUUUAUGCUCUUUAAUUGGUUA